CAGACCUUUAGACUCUGAUAGAUCACAGCUUGAGGUAAUGAGAGCUCAGCUGUUGAGAUGUUUGGAAGGCCACCAUCACCUGAGAAAUAUUAGGAGCUUCAGCUGACACUAGAGAGGAAAACAGAAAGCAGUGCGAGGCAAAAGAACGAUUAAGAGGGACGAGAGAUCAACGAGAUACAAGGAAAUAAGACAAAAUAAAGAGUAAGAGCAAAGGAGAGGACAAGAAUCUAGGUCAAGACACAAAAAGUGGAGCAACAAAGUUGAGAAAAAAAAAGUUUGAAGUUGUCUUAGAGAGGAUGAGGCUGAGCAAAAGGAAGGCGGCACUGCUGGUCAUCACAGAAAACAUUGAGAUGGAGCUGUUUGCUUCAGAGGAGGCCUGCAUGGUGACAUUAACACAGGAGGAGGAGGAGGAGGACAGCUUUGACCAGAGACACCUGGAGCAUCCUCUUGUCCCUGACUCUGAGGAUGAAGCAGAGCCGCAGCUUCAGACCCCACCCAGGCAGCUGCCAAAGCCCAAAACACAGUCUCCAGCCAAGGUAGAGGCCGAGCACUGCCCUCCUGUCCUGGAGUUCAUGGAGGAUAUAGAGAUAGAAAUGGAGGUGUUUCAUCCCCUCAGAGCGUCUGAGAUUGAGCUAAUGGAGAUAAAAUCAGAUCAUUCUUCCAUCAUGACCUUGCGUUCCCCAAACGGAGCUGGCCGUCUCAAAUGGAAGAGACUGACUCCGCAGAAGACCGGACUGGUGGUCAAAGAUGUGGUCUGUCUACCCAGUGGACACUACCUGGCACAGCUGGAGAGACACACUGUUCCACGAGGCAAAGAGCGAGCAGCUCUAGCGGCCAUGGGAAUGACUGCUCGUAUUACCAUUGAUUAUGGGUGGUCGGCCAAUCAGAUGGAGAGUCGGCUGGCGGCACUCUUCCGGGGGAGGUUUGCAAAACGGGCAGGGCAGAGGUUCUCCUUCACAUAUCUACAGUGUGUGCCGGGCUCUAGGGUGCUGUUUGUCCCUGAAGCCCCUGCAGAAGGCUGGACUGGAGAGCAGGUACUCGGGACCUCUGGACAUGGUGCCUUGUACAUCCUCAGCCACCAGGACUAUCCACAGGCAGAAUCUGAGAAGUCAGCAAGCGAGACACAUGUGGUGAACAGGAGGGAGUUUUGUCUAGAGGCCAGUACAGAGAGCUGCCCGGACGAAGACAAUCAGCAAGGAAGACAGACUUGUGUUCCCAGCACCACAGAGGAGUUCCCUCUCGACCUGGACUCCAUCCUGAGACUUUUCAGACAAGAGAAUAUGGAUCGAGACGUGGAGACCCACAUCCAGGUGAGGAGGAGAGACCUGCUCCGCAGCGCCCUGAAGGUGGUUAGGAGACCGGAUUUCUGUUUCAGGACGACACCCAUCGUUUCCUUCAGUGGAGAGGAGACUGACGGCCAUGACGGACCUCUCCGGGAGUUCUUCAGAUUGACUUUGCUGGAGCUGCAGCAGAGUUCUAUUUUUGAGGGUCCCCCGGGGCGUCUGUUCUUGACCUAUGACCUUGCAGCUCUUGAGGACAGGAAGUAUUACAAAGCAGGUGUUCUUAUUGGCUGGUCUCUUGCUCAGGGUGGACCUGGACCACGUUGUCUACACCCUGCGCUCUACCAGUUGAUGUGUGGCCAGAAUCCAUCUUUGGAGGGCUUCAGCUGGGGGGACAUUGUUGAUGCUGAAGCGCAGAUCCGACUGCAACAGCUGCAGAGUUGCACUGAUGUAAAGCUGCUAUCUCCUGGUCUGUGUGACUGGGUAUCGAGCUGUGGGAUCCCUGGAAUCUAUUCAGCUCAUUCUGAUGACACACCAUCCAUCUAUAUCCGCCUGGUCAAACAUUACAUCUACCACAGGGUGGCCAGUAUGAUCUCCCAGUUCACAGAGGGGCUGAACAGUUGUGGUGGAUUGUGGGAUACAGUAUUGUCUCACUGGAGAGAGUUUAUGCCAGUGAUGACGAGCGCACAGCAGCAGCCUUUGACCCUGGAACAGUUCAAACAGCUUUUCACAGUCUGCUACAGUCAACAAGACAGCCAGCUGCGGGCAGCGGAGGCAGCAACAGCUGGACACUGGGAAACAGUCCUCACCUUGGUCAGCGAUGGUCAGACAGAUUUCUCCUUUGAAGACCUCCUCGCCUUCAUCACUGGAGCUGAUCAUCUGCCUCCCCUUGGCUUCACCACAUCCAUCUCCUUGUGUUUUUACUCCCAGGACACGAGCACCUCAUGUGUGCGUCUUCCUCACGCCUCCACCUGCACUCUGGAGCUCUUUCUGCCAAGGGGAGCGGCGGGGGCCACAGACCUGUCAGCACUGCUGAGCAGAUCCGUGCACGAGGCCCUCGGCUUUACACGUUACCAGUCACAGGGAGAUGGAGAGGACAGCUGCAUCAAUGCAGUGAUAAAUAUAUGAAGUUUAUAAAGAUUCUGCUGAAGCUUGACUUUUUGGGGCUUAAAGUUUUCCACAGUAUAUGAUCAUCUUCUUGACACCUUAACAGAAUAACUUGUUUGAAUACUUCCUACAUUGUGUCUCAGCUGAUAUUUAGGAUUUGAUAUA